AUGCUCGCUCUUGUGAGACAUUUCAGUCUCCCAAGUCGAGCUACAAGAAUUUUGAGAGUAUGUACAAGAAUUCAGAGACGUCGGUUCAGUAAAUGUCGGUUUGUGGCGCGCCAUGGCUCCCACAAGGGAAAUUCUCUGCAAUCAUUGUUGCAUGGUGUCGGCUUCGAAGAACUGUACCGAAUACGUUCCAACAUCGAGCUUCUGAUCCAAGACUUUGCCAAACGCUCGAUUCCGCCAGUGUCAUACGAAUUCCUGAUGCAAUACAAGGUGCCAUUAACAGCUAACGAAAAAUAUACGUUGGCCAUCAAAACCGUAAAUUUACUUCUUACAUAUACCUGUCGACGUUUGGCCGCCAUCCAACGGCUUCCCUAUAUUGCAGUGCUGAACCCGAACAUUGAAGAGACUAAUCGUCUAUAUUUACGAACGCUGGAAAGUCUGCUGUCCAUUAACUACCCGUAUGGACUGCAUAACCAAGAGAUCAUGACCCAGAAGCUCACCGAGUUUCUGGACGACCAUCAGGACACAUUAGUCACACUCUCGCGCGGCUUUCAGGAAAUAAUGGUUUCUUAUCCAAAAGAAUCAGUCUUUGAAUUCCUGAACCAGCAUUUAAGAGACCGCAUCUCCAUGAAGCUCUUGGCUACUCAUUAUCUCAACGUUGUGUCGCAGGACACUCCUAAUGAAUCUGUGAUCGGGGUACUACACAAGGAAAUGCGCAUUUCAGAACUGGUAUGGCGGGUGGAAGAGUUUGUUGGUGAUCUUUGCCGUGUAAAAUACGACCACCAAGUUCCUAUCAAGAUUUUGGAGGGCCAAGAUGUUACGUUUCCCUGUAUACCGACGGACCUGGAAUACGUUUUGACAGAGCUGCUGAAAAACUCGAGUCGUGCUCACAUUGAGAAUGCGACGCGCGAAAACAACUCAGCUGAGAAGCCCGUGGAAGUGACCAUAGUUCGCAAUGACGAUGACCUUGAGAUACGCAUUAGGGAUUUUGGCGGAGGAAUUCCGCCAGAAGUGGAAGAUCUCAUGUAUGACUACUCCUACAGCACUGUUAACACUGAUGCAAAAGACACAGGUAUGAGUGCAUAUGUCUUGCCGGGUGCAGACGUUUGCAAUGUCUCUGGUAUGGGAUUCGGUUUGCCCAUGUGCAAGGCGUACAUGGAAAUGUUCAACGGGUCGCUCGACAUCCAAAGCCUGUGGGGAUGGGGCACCGACGUGUACGUGAGGCUGAAAGGGCCAAACUCACGAUUAUUUAAAUGA